AAUAACUCCACAUUAGCUGACAACUUAAAAUAAAAAAAAACUUAAAGAAAAUGGAGGAGGACGAAGUUUGCCGGGUGUGCCUGCAACAGGAAGGCGAUAUGAUUAAUAUAUUCGAUAGUACGCAGGACCAAGAAAUCUCAAUUGCAGAAAUGAUUGCUCAUUGGUCCGGCUACCAAGUUAAAAAGGGGGAUAUGCUCCCGGAAACCAUUUGCCCAACUUGCUUGGAGGAUGCUCGAGCGACAUUUGGACCUAACCAAAAUAUUGAAAAGGAUGAAAUCUACGAAAUUUCAGACAGCCAAGAUUCGAUUUCAGAUCAGGGAACUAAAAUCAAUCUUGAAAUUAUAGAUAAAGGGAAUUUAAACAUGACCGAAGAAUACGAGGUAAAGAACGAGCCAAUUGAGGACGAAGUUUUCGUACAGGCAGUCUGUAAAACAAUAGGCAACAUGAUUGAUCCGUCGAUCGAGACAGAGGAUCAAGAUCUCUUCGAUGAACAAAUAUGCAAGAUAGAAGUCAAUGAGACAGAUCUAACCGAUCUUGAGACCAGACCCAGCUUACCUAACCCGAACUUACCUUCCCGCAGCAAACGGCGCUAUAAGUGUUCCCUGUGCCCGAAAUCUUUCACGGAUGCCUCAAAGUUUAGUCAACACAUUCUGACCCACUCAGGUGACGAUGAGGACGAUGGACAAAAGUCUUCGUCUUCAGAAACAGAUAUAGGCUCCUCCUCGUACGAAGAGAACGUCUGUUCGUCAGCUUCAGAAAAAAAGUCCAACGUGAAAAGGCGAUCAAAGUGUUCCCACUGCCAGAAAACAUUUCCGACCGUAACACUAUUAAAAAAACACGUUCUUACCCAUUCGGCGAUAAAAAAAAAUAAAUCGAAAUCCGAUUUGCCUGCAUCAAAGAUAAAACCCGUUCCUUAUAUGCCCUACAAAUGUAAUUAUUGUCCAAAAACUUUUAAAGACGAAGAUUCCUAUAAGUUGCAUGCUCGACACCACGGUAAAAAGUACCGUUGCUCUCGUUGUCCCAAAACUUUCUCGGAUGCUAGACUUUUGAAGGACCAUUAUUUAAGUCAUUUUAGGGAUCAAUCCGAGAAAACCAAGCAAGCACCAAAUCCUUCGAACCGAGUUUUCAAAUGCCCCAAGUGCCCCAAGUCCUUUCCGUACGCCUCUAGUUGCAGUCGCCAUUUAUUGAGCCAUUCGGAAACACGACCUUAUAAAUGUCCCCAUUGCCCGAACUCGUAUGCCCGUCCCUAUGCCCUUCGGUACCAUGUUUUGUCGCACUCCGGAGAACGAUCGCACAAGUGCGAUAAGUGUUCAAAGGCUUUUCUGCGCACCCAUCAUCUCAAGGCCCAUCUGCUAACCCACACAGUUAAGAAUGAAAAAGACAGGCCCCACAAAUGUUCUGAUUGCAAUAAGUCCUUCCUGAACAAAUCUGAUUUCAGACGGCACAUGAAGACUCACACUGGGGAAAAACCCCACAAGUGCGAUUUUUGCCAAAAGAAGUUUUCCCGUGGUAGCUGUCUCAGGAUUCAUAUCCGAUCUCACACUGGGGAAAAACCGUAUAAGUGCAACUACUGUUCAAAGUCCUUUACUGUUAAUAGCAAUAUGCAAAAACACCAAAAUGUAUGUAAACUUGAAAUUGCAACAAGCGACUCAAGUAGUUCUGUAACCAAAUAA